AUGAAGAAGACCGCCACUUCCAAACCUCGUCCCAAAGUCCCAGACUACUGUGACGUCGAGGUACGACACGAUGACCGAGGAGAACCAAUCUGGCCUGCUCCUGAGGACGCUAUGGAGCAGGCAAGGGCUUUCAUAAAAGAAUGUGCAGAAAGUGGCAAGAAGACUCUUAUAGUGCCAGACAAAGAUGCCGAUGGCCUCUCGUCCGGCGUCAUAUUGUAUCGGACGCUGACGGCUCUCGGUCUCGAUCCGACUCUGAUCGACGUGCAUCUGGUUCAGAAGGGCUCUACGAUCCACACGCAACCGGAACGUGAAGCUAUGGCAGCUAAAGACCCGGCCUAUGUCAUCGUCCUCGACCAAGGGUCCAUAGCAGCACCGCCAGUUGUCGAUUUGCCAUCAACGAAGUCCUUGAUCAUCGAUCACCAUUUGAGUGAUCACUUCCCGAACGAUGCUCAGGUAGUGUCAGCAUGUCAUUACCCGCCCGUGUCAACGUCUUCCCUGCUCACUUAUGAGAUCUGCAAAACCCUUGCUCCUGCAAUUGCCACAGACUGCGCCUACCUUGCGUGCAUUGGCACUCACGGUGACCUGGGAAACACGUUAAAAUGGUCGCCACCAUUUCCUGACAUGAAGGAAACCUUCAAAACCUACACCAAGAAGUCGGUCAAUGAUGCGGUAUCACUCGUCAACGCACCUCGGCGCACUGCCAAGUACGAUGUGAUAACCCCAUGGACAGCACUUCUCGCCUCAAGAGAUCCAAAGGACCUCCUGAGCAAUGGCCGACUUCAGAGUGCCCGCGCAGAGAUCAAUGAGGAGGUGGAAAUGAAUACACAUACCCCUCCGAAAUUCAGUGCUGAUGGCCGAAUUGCUGUUCUGCGAAUCAACACGCCUGCUCAAGUCCACCCUGUCAUUGCUACCCGCUGGGCGGGAUUUCUCAACUCAAAGGCGCUAGAAAUCGUGCUGUGUGCAAACUCAGGCUAUCUACCUGGCAUGGUAAAUUUUUCUUGUCGUAUUGCCCGCUGUGCCAGGUCAAGGGAUCCCCCAGUCAAUAUCAUCGAGAGCUUGAAAGCUGCUGCGGAUCUAUCCACUGAUGGUUUGAAAGACAGACUUGGACAGAGCUUCGCUCGAGGUCAUAAAGAGGCCAGCGGUGGCAUUGUACCUGUUGAAGCUUUUGAAGAGUUGAUGUCCUUGUUGAAAAUUGGCGAGAAACCUGAAAAGAAGGACGAAUCAGAAGAGCCGAAGCAGAAGAGGGCAAAGACUAUUGAAAAGAGUCCACAGAAGAACACGCUCACCAACUACUUCCGCAAGCCUUAG